AACACCACCAUCCUUGCAGUCGGCCAAACAGUGUCGGCAGAGUAGAAAUUGCAUGAACGGAGCCCACCCAUGCAUUCAGUGAAAUAUUAUUUCGGAAAUACCGGAGGAAAAACAACAAUCGAGGUUUAAAGGUUAGCUUCUACUGAAAUUCCCCCCCGAGUCGUUUCGUUAGUGCAAUAAACCAGUGCAUAUCUGUAAUUGAUCAAUGAAAGUAGUGAGAAAUAGGGGAUAAGAUCGUUGUAUCGUGGAUACUUGUGGAGAUAAUUCGAGGGAUUGUCUCUGGGCUGACUUAUACCACCAGUAAACAAACCAUCGAGACCUGGUGAACGUGAGGAUCAUGGCCCUACACAGUGUUCCCCCGAAGCGCAAGGAAAUAUACAAAUAUGAGGCUCCAUGGCCUCUCUACAGCAUGAACUGGUCGGUGAGACCUGACAAGAGGUUCAGGCUCGCUCUCGGGAGUUUUGUGGAGGAGUACAACAAUAAAGUCCAGAUUGUCUCUCUUGAUGAGGAAACCUCGGAGUUCAGUGCCAAGAGCACUUUCGAUCAUCCUUAUCCGACGACUAAAAUCAUGUGGAUUCCGGAUAGCAAAGGGCUCUUUCCCGACCUCCUCGCAACAUCCGGAGACUACCUUCGAGUGUGGCGAGCAGCAGAACCCGAGACUCGUCUGGAAUGCGUUUUAAAUAACAACAAAAACUCAGAUUUUUGCGCCCCUCUAACUUCCUUCGAUUGGAACGAGGUGGAUCCCAACUUGAUCGGCACAUCCAGCAUCGACACGACCUGCACAAUCUGGGGAUUGGAGACUGGCCAAGUGCUGGGGCGAGUGAACAUGGUGACGGGGCACGUCAAGACGCAGCUGAUUGCCCACGACAAAGAGGUCUAUGACAUCGCGUUCAGUCGAGCAGGCGGUGGGCGAGACAUGUUUGCGUCCGUUGGGGCUGACGGAUCCGUCAGGAUGUUCGAUCUUCGUCACCUGGAGCACUCCACGAUCAUUUAUGAAGACCCUCAGCACACGCCCCUGCUGAGACUCGCUUGGAAUAAGCAGGAUCCUAAUUAUCUUGCCACUGUUGCCAUGGACGCCUGCGAGGUCAUUAUUCUCGAUGUCAGGGUGCCCUGCACUCCUGUCGCCAGACUGAACAAUCAUAGGGCGAGUGUUAAUGGCAUCGCCUGGGCGCCGCACUCCUCCUGUCACAUCUGCACAGCUGGGGACGAUCACCAGGCGCUCAUCUGGGACAUUCAGCAGAUGCCAAGGGCCAUCGAGGAUCCCAUCCUGGCUUAUACUGCCGCUGAGGGCGAAGUCAAUCAGAUACAGUGGGGCGCCACUCAACCAGACUGGAUUGCCAUUUGCUACAAUAAAGCUGCGGAAAUACUGCGAGUUUAAUUACGAAUAUUCUUAAUUUGUGAGAUCUCAAUUGAUGAUUUCCACCAUGAACACUGUUGGAUCCUGUAAAAUACCAUUUCUAUCGUAAACUAUAGACUGAUAGGUUUAUACGUGUAACGUUUAUACAAAUCGAGCAGUGAUAAUGCGUCGUCGGUGAGUGUUUUGCGGACUUGAGUGAACCUUAUCUUUCAUUUUUUUUUCAAUUAUUUAUCUUCCAUCGAGCACUUCUCUGCAGAAAUUUUCCUCAGAAGAUUUUCUGUUCUAUUUAACGAGGAGAACAAUCUUUCGAUGGGAACGUCGUGAUCAAAUUUUCUCCAAUACCAAAACGCAUAUUUACAACUAAGACAAUUAAUUAAUUAAUUAAUUAAUCGUGACAUGAAAAAUGAACGUACUUCAUAGAAUUAAUGAGAGCAAGACUCAUCGAUGAAUGAAUUCAACAAAUAAGUGAUUGAUUGAUCAAUUAAUUGAUUCAGCUGACAGAAGAAACCGAACAAAAUUGAGUCACAGAAAAAAAAUUGUAAAUAAUGUUAAUAUUUUCUUCGCGUCUUUCUUUCCAUUUUAAUUUAUGAUGAGACGUUUAAUACGAAUAAUUAUCCCCUUUGAUAGAUGGUAUCUGAGAUACCGGUGAUUCGGUUGAACACAAUGUCAGUAUUUUUUCAUUAAAUUUGAUAUGUUGAUUAAAUGUAAACGUAGAUUAAGGGUAGAUAGAGUAAUUUUUGAGACGUAACAACGCAAUAAAUGAAUAUCAAGUCAUAA